AUGGAUCAACAACCACACAUUCUGAAACAGGAGCGUAAUUAUCUUGACGAGAUAUCACGAUUGCGACAUCUUCUAAUGGACAUUCAGCUAGAACGUCGGGCAGCCACUAGAAACAUAUCCUCCCAUGAGUUCCGCUUAAAACUAGACAAAUCUAUAUCACAACUUCAUCAUAGCUUUCACUACUCUUCUUUUAUAUUAGGAACAUUCAUUAAGACCCGAACACGAUUUGUGCAUGCUCUUUCUGAAAUAAGGCAGGAAGUGGACACAUUUCAAAAUCUUUCGGUCAUAGUUUCAAAAUACAACUUACUGGCGCGUUUUGUACAUGAAAACUUGAUUCAGACCACAUGUCACAACCAGAUAACAACAGAUGUAUCGUUUGGAGGAAGUGACAAAGCAUUUGAAGUGUUGACGAGUUUACAGGAUGUUGACAUCUACAAUAGAUUGAAUUGUGCAAUAGUGGUCAGUAACAACAGAAUUCAACAUCACACUUACAAUAGUGCCAUCUUAGAGAGCAUCAACAAUAUUCGGGCGCAGAAGAUGGCACUGGAUUUUCGGGGAGUGACCACAGUGAUGACAAUACAGGAAUGGGAAUUUCUGGAGUCAUUUAGACAACUACAUAUACACUUUCUGAAGAAAGAUCACUAUGGUGCACAUGAAUAUAUUUCACAAAACGAUAUCACAUGUCGGGAGAUCGAUUAUAAAAUGAAACUGAUCAUUGAUAAUGUGAAGACAUUGUCGGAUGGUUUGUUUUCUAGACUGGUCGACAGAUUGUGUGACAGACGUAGUAAGCUGAUGCAGAAGAUUGGGUUGUACACAGUGUCGAUUCUUCUUUGUAUCGUGUUGUUUGGUAUGGUUUGUUUCCUGCAUUACUGUGUCGUUAACAGAUUAAUGGUCCUGUGUCUCGUCGAGGACAUCUUGGAUAAACAGAUGAGAAGUGAACGCGAUAGACUAUCCAUGAUUUUGCUGGAGGCGAUACCCCCGGAAUACAUACCAACAGUUAUGAAUGGGAUCGACAAAGUAUAUGUGAGCGAGAGAUUGAUGUCAAAUGGAAAAAAACACCCACAUCAUUCAUGUGGUGGUUUAAAAAAUGCAUUCGACUCUUUCGUCAAGACCAUAAGAAAUAGGUCAGUGGAACCAGAAGUUUCUUCUAAUUAUGACACAUUUGAAAUGUCCGAUAAAAUUGGUAUUGAAGGCAACAAGGUACCUCUUCUGAAGUGUGUAGAGCAAAACUCAGCAUUUGGUGUGCUAGAGAGCGUGUCCUUGUUCAUGUGUGAUUUCGUAUAUCUCAACGACCUAGUGGCCUUGUCUGAGCCAGACCAGCUCAUUAACCUUGUCACGUGCCUUAUUCAGAUACUGGAGGCGAGAACCAAGCUUUAUGAUGUACAUGUGCUGUGUAAAAACAUAAAUGAGUUCUCCGUUAUUUCCGGUUCACAAUCCAAACAGGCACUCAGAGACGUAUCAGAGAUAGCCAAUAUGGCGCUGGACAUUCGAGCAUCUUGCAGUGAUCUUGAGGUUGACAUACUUCCAGACUCAAAACUGCAUAUGCGCAUCAGUAUACAUACGUCUGACUGUGUAUACAAAUUGUCGUCACAUCCGGAACCUCGUUUUCAUAUUUAUGGGGAUUUGAUAGAUAUCGUUACACGACUGAAAAAUGAUUGCAAUCCAAACAGCAUCCACAUCAGUGAAAAGGUUGGUAACAUGUUGAGCAUGGAGCAUCAGUACUUGAUCGAACGAAGGGGCUCUAUGAUACUUACGAAUGGCAUGCAAUUGGCUACCCAGUGGCUACUUGGUAGGCGCGUGUCAGUGUGCAAUCCAAGCAACGAUGGCAUGUCGUUAGUAAGCAGAUUGCUCCCAAUUCAGCUCGCGGAGAAUCCUAUCUACAGAUUCGACAAAGAGAAGGUCAAAUACGUCUCUCCACACUGGAUGACAGCUUCUGGUCAAUUUCGGGGGACAACGUCAUCGAUGAGUCAAACACCAAGUGAAUCCUCGUAUUCCGAAUCUGGCGAGAGUUCCCUAAAUCACCCAGAUACAAACAUCGUCAACAACUAA